AUAAGAGACAAAGUGAGUCCAGUACUUCUAUUGGACACUUAGAACGAUUACAACAUACAUAUGUCGAGCCCGAGUUUCGACCCUCUAAAUCCAGCCGAAGAUUACAGGAGAAUUAGAUAGAAGUCUAUUGCUAAGUAUAUAAGUUUGACAACCUUUUACAAUGAAAUAAAUGUUGUUAUUUAUGCUGCAAGAUAGUAGGUAAAGGGGUUAUGUGCUCAACCUUCGGUGGAUGUUCUCACAACAAUUGCGGACGGGUACCUAGGGUUCUCUAAGAUUUGGUUUAUUUCCAGCUGUGGCUCUUCCCUUUUUGUCCGGCAGUUUGUUUAUGCUAGCAGUAACUCAUAGCAUCGCUUGGUCUCCAUUAGUUCACAGGUUCCUUGUGGCAAAGGUGAGAGGAGGAGCUGUAUUUGAAGGCCUCAACACACGACUUGGUCUCGAGCAGGGAUGUGACGGCUUUGUUCAAGGUUUUCGGCUUGCGGAAAUUUUGAGUUUUCAGCCGGUGAAAACAAAACUAAGGAGGGAAGUGAAGAAUAAUUGCAUAACUCAGAGGCAGGAAGAGAUCGACAUUUUGGCUCAAGCUUAUGAAAGGAUAGAAAAUGAAGUCAGGGACAACAAGUUGGUCUAUAAUCGGCUUGAAGGAAGAGGGUGGAGUAUUAUUGGUUCGUCCCCUCCUGGACCGCCGUCAGGAAAGGAACAAGCAACUAUGCUUUUGAUGCUUUUUUUAGUUAUUUUUGUUUGUUUCAUCUGUUAUUUUUUCGUUCAACACUUAUGGUAUAAUUUCUAGUUUGUGGUUUUAGUUAUUAGGAUGGGAGAAAGCAAUCAGAUUUAUUUUAGUUGACGAUAUCUUUGAAUCUCUCACACGUUCAAUGAUUAAUCUUCUUUGUUAUUGGGCAAGCGUAGAGGUAAGGCCUGAAUAGUUGGAAGGUUGAAUGUUCAGUUUGUGAUUUUAAUCAUUAGGUUGGGAGAAAGCAAUCAUGUUAUUUUGACUGAUAACAUGUUUGAAUCCCUCACAUGUUCAUCAAUUGGUCUUGUUCGUUAUUGAACGGUCUAUUAUUAGAGGGUGAGUGCACCAAUGGGCUCUAAAGAGUAUAGAGAAAAGGUUUGUAUAGUUGGAAGCUUGAAUGUUUG